CCCGUGAUGGAGACCCGGGAUAUGACCGAGCGCUUUUUGUCGGAAUCGCAAAGUCCGAUCAACACACUCUUCUGCAGUGAUGUGCCGGCCAACUCUAUGUAUAUAGAAAACACCACAUGCCGCAUCCUCAGUAACGGGAACUUCAGUCCUCUUUCCAAACUCUGUUCUCUUUAUUUCUUGCCAUUCGACUUUGUUAAGUGAGAGAUAGCAUUACUGGAAGCUUACACGAAUUAUUUGUGUUCCAACGAAACAGACACCUUUGUAUUACGUCCCAUCUAGCCUACAAACGAGAGAAAGAGAGCAAGCUUCUUUCAUCUCUUUCCCGCGACCUCAUCUCGUGUUGUUCGCUUGGCAAACCCUUGUGACGGAAAGCGGUCAAUAUUUAAUACCAUAUAGCGUCUCGCCGCUCAUCAGAUUCUUUCUUUUGCUUUGGUUAUUAUCAUCAAGCAUAAGUCAUAUAGCAUGUCCACACAGGUCGCUCCCCAAGCACCAGCUCAAGUGCCUAUACCUUUUACGCCUCCCCAGGACCCCUCACCCAAAGCCAGAGAAUACUCUGAAGGCUCAAUGUACGACGAGUUAAAUCCGGAGGACCUCAAGGCCUGGCAUGGCCGUUAUGCAGCAUACAAACAAUGGCGACACGAAAUUCCCCCAAAGAACGUCAAACCGUUCGGCCAUACAAGCGGGAGUCGUUCGACACAGAGUUUUGGGCUCCAAGUGGGAGUUGGAAGUGCCGAUUGGAAUUGGCGGAGAGGAUAUCAACUGAGCGAUACCGGGACAGUGCCGACUACGAUUAUGGAGGGGCAAUGGGAACAGAGGGACAGAGAGCUGGAGAAAAAUGCCCAGGCUCCAGUGGCUUCUGCCGUACCGCCUCAUCCAAACGUUCACAGCGUUAAAUCCAAACCGUCUUUUGCCCUGCCCGCGCACACUCAACCGCCCAAUACUACCAAACCUUCUCCUAAUCUCAGCCGCCAGCCAUCUAUCCAUCAACCCAUCCAACCUAUCCUAGCUCAGCCUAUAUCGCAAUCCUCUCAGGCCAAAUGGCCUCCUACAGCAUCCCGCUACCCCGUACCUGCCCAGCCAAGCAAGAGAGUUUCCCCACCUCCAGGCACUUUGCUCGUGCCAUAUCCAACCCAUUCGGCUACGCAUGCAGAACGAGAAUCUUAUCUCGCUAGCGUGAUUAAUCUACCGAUCGAGAUGCUUAUUGAGACGCGAGAUGGUGUGGCGACGUCCAAGAAGGUAGAUACACACAUCUCAAGGAGCCGAUCGGACAGGGAUAGAGCAAAGGGGAGGAGCGCCUCAAAUAUGUCUGCGGGUUCGAGCACAACUUUGACUAGUACUGAGGAGAAAGCAAAGGAAGUGAGGGCUUUAGGAAGUGGUGGGAGUUCAAGGAAUAGGUUGGGCAGAAGUGUGACAGAUGUGGUCAAGGCGAAAAGUUCGUCGAGCAUUAGAAUGGAAUCCAGACAUUCGGUAGAUAGAAGCCUUGGGAGCGCUGGAAGUAGAUUGGAGAGGAGCAUAACUGAUGGCGCCAAAACCAGGAGCUCAACAAGUCAAAAGCCACUGAGAGAACAUCACUAUCAGGCCUCAGACCAUCUCCCCGUACCGUGUAUAGCGUCUCACGAACCUCACCCCACAGAAACCACCAUCAACCGAGCUGCCCGACUCCCCUUGCCCCCUUCAUACGCCUCUACUGGACAUCAAUCAAAAUCAACGGCUGGGAGUACUGUUGGAAGUGUUCGUAGCCGAGAAACCACCAUCAUCCCUCAAUACCAGCCGAGUUCAUCUGAAGUGAUUAUCUCCCGAGCAGCAAGAGAGCCUCUUCCUCCUUCCACUAUUGCGGAAACAAUCAAGCUUCCCAUCUCCGCCAAGACAGCCGCAAGCGGGUCGGCAGCGCUGCCCGUACGAGUUCCAACGGACGCUACGAUAAUCCAAGCUGGUACGACACCAUUGCCAGCAAGCACUAUCCAUGCCCACACAUCAUAUACGGCGCCCAUUCAGCCGACGCCAUCCCAAGUACCUCUUCUUCCGAGCAUGAAGCCACACACGGAUUUGCCUUACCUUGCGUCACCUCUCCCCAGCCCUGGCCCCUUGCCUGACCCUACACUGACCCACCGACAACAAAUGCCACUUCCUCGACCGGCAUUGACUCCCCGGCCUUCCAAUGAUGCCUUGGAUGUGAAUUUGAUGGAUGUGAAGAGUAAUAGGGGUGAAGGAAGUUUGAUGACGAAGUUUGAAAGCGCUAAUGGUCCUGACAAUGGUGUCAAAACGGUGAGGAUGCCAAAGGCGGAGAUCGUCGAGAUUAAAAUGAAGGCUCCUUCAAAGAAAGAAGCAAUUAUCGCUCCUCAACCUUCUAUUACUCGUCAAACUUCUCAACACUCAGUUGGUACCCGUUCAGAACAUGCGUCCGUCCCACUCUCAACUGCUCCUCCACCAAAUACUCCUACGGCUCAUCAAGCGCCAAGCCAUAUUAGCCAGGCGCAUCCAAUGACUCUUGAUGUACAUGCAGCCCUGACGAGUCAUCAACGUCAACCAUCUACGCGUGAUCUUCGUCGUCAACCAGUUGACUCUCCUGUGUCGACUUUACAAUAUCUCAACGUUCCCGGAUCAUUACGCUCUUGCCAUGGUAACGGUAGCGGUAGUGGUAAAGACCACAGCAUGGGUAGUGCAAACGGAAGUCCCCAUCCCACAUUCAUCUUCUCCCCCCAGACCAAUUCACAGCGUUCAGGAACAUACCGUUCAAAUGAAGACCAAGUGUCGUUCGAAGUGCCCCAAGGUUCGAGACGCAGACUGAGAGUGACGCUGAAGUGGUUGAAGGAUGGAAGUCGGAGGGAGAGUAGUACGAACGAUGGAACAAGCCAGAGGGAGGGAAAUGUACGGUCUGAGAAACCGCCUGCUGUACCGCCAAAGGAGUUGCCUAGGCAAAAGGAAAGUUAUAAAAGUAAAGUUUCGAGGCAAACGAGCCAUAGAGAUGGUCAGGCUUCGCAAGCGGAGCACCCCAUCCCAGCCGAUCGACUUCCAAGCCCCAAUCUCCCUCCCAUUAAUAUGGACUUCCCAUUCGAACAUCAGACAGAAAGAGAAAAUAAACCUAUGCAUGAAAACCGGAAGCAGUAUCUCAACCCUACCAACCCGGCUUUUAAUCCCAUCCUUAAUCCUUACUAUGCCGGUGCACCUCUCCCACCGUAUAAUCCAACUCAAGUGUAUAACGUACGGAUGCCAUUUGCGUACCCGCUGCCGCAACCCCCGGGAAUGUGGGGUUGCAGACCUUUGGAUCACGGUCAAAGCUCGGAAAAAAAUCCGAAGCAAAGUUCGGAGUUACCAGGAAAAGAAAGUGUGGAUCCGCCGUCUGAGAAAAUGAGCUUAAUGAUGGCUGAUGGUGGUAUGCCUUCAAUAAGAGGACUUGGGAUGAGACUGGGAACGGGAGUGGGAGCGGCAGCGGUCGGCGCUUAUCCUCAACCACAAGGUCAGAGAGAACAGUACUCUUGGCAGCAACGAUCCAAUGUCUUCCAAUGUAUGUUCAACCGCGAUCCAUAUCAGCCUAACCACCAUCGAAACGUCAAUCAUGAAGAUGAAGAACUUCCUUCCGAAGAUAUCCAUGCCUGGCGCCACAAAAUUCCUUCAGACCUAGGUCAAGCACACACAGCAGCACCGACCAAUCGUCCUAGCGCUAACCUUCGACCGGCUAUUGCAAAUACAUUUGGUCCCGGGACAGCGUACGACUUUGUACCUCCGGGGAGAGCUCCAAACACGUGGUGGAAGAGAUUGAGGCCCAGAAGACAAAUUGACGUGCAGUCAACAAAAAACAAACCAAGGCUCCCCGACCUCGCACGCCUCUCUCCAUCUCAUAAUAUCCAGCAAAACCUGCCCCGAACUCAUGGCGAUAUUCCACCCCAAAAUGCUCCUUAUGUGCGAGAUCGCUUCCGGGAAAAGGAGGAGAAGCGGAGACAGCGGGCGGCAAAGCGUCAUAAGAGGCAAAGACGGAUGACAGAACAAACAAAGAGUGCUGGCUUGAGUAGCGAAGCAUUGGCGAGGACGGAUGCGAGGGAUUGGCCGAAGGGUAUGGGGAAUGAUCAGUUGCGAGGGAGGUCGAGGACGAUGAUAAAGGAUUGGGUGACAAAGGUCAGGGGAAGUGGGAAGAUUCAGCCUCCACCAAAAUCCGGUCCGGCUACAGAGUACGUCCCUUGGCGUAGUCGCCUCAUUAUAAAAGACCCCGGAGUGGCACGUCUUCAUCGUCAGUCCAGCCAAGCUAGGCGUGCGGACGGGUCCCCGCAGCAACAGAGGAUGCAAAACAGUAGUAACGUGCCGCUAAACGCAUUAAAAAUGGGACUGUCUUUAGGUGGGAGAAAUCAAAAUGUCCAGAAUGGUCAGGAGAAUGGCCAACGUAUGAGGAAGUAAGCAACAUCCGAGUGUGUUCCUGAGUUGCAAUGGCAGAGCCUCUCUCUUCUGUGCUUGACGAAAGGGUGGAGGCCGUGUAAUUUGGCACGAGAGAUCUUAAUGGAUGUGCUAUAGAUGCUUAUGGGAGUUGGCCAGCAGUUAACGUAUGCAUACGAAAUCA